CCUACCUCAGCAGUGAGUGGUAGCCUAUUGUGGAGGAGAGGAGACUCAUUCAGGACCCAUCAUACCACCAUGCUCAGCUAGAAUCGAUUAAAGACUUUACCAGUGGGCGGUGAAGUUGCAUGCAAAAGGAAUAUUGAUUGUUGAUAAGACCAGCAUGUAUUUUGGUAACGUCUGUCAGACCGCUACCCUGCCUUCAUUGGACCUUGGGCCUCCUGUGGGAGGAGUCCACCAAUCCAUGGAGCUGAAGCCCCUCCUCCCGCUCAGCCUGUUCCAUGGUUUCACUGGAAUGGACCGCGUUCAAAAAUCCCAGAUUGGUCCAGGAUUUGGACUAACCACGCCCCUUAUGAGGAAACCCAGCUCAUCGUGUGUUGUGUGCCGACUGAGAUUCAACUCAGAGAGCCAGGCCUCAUCCCAUUACAAUGGUACCAAACACUUCAAGAAGCUCAAAGCCCUCGACCCACCGGACUGCAAGACCAGAGCCCCCGACACAGUAACAAAGGAAACCACGACCAAGAGCGUAUCACCCUGCCCUGUGCCGCCCAGCUCAGAACCCAGUUCAACAGAUGUCACAGCCGGAGCCGUGUUGUCACCACCCUCUGCCUCCGGGGUGGUUCCAUCGACCUGCUGCCCAUCUGUAUCCAUGGAAAUGCCCUCUGACCCCUCUCUGUCACUCUGUCCCCUGGUGGAGAAGGAGAAGGAGAUGGAUGGAGAGGUGGAGGAGGUUGUAGAGUCGGAGGAAAAGAAGGCUAAGAGACUACUAUACUGUUCUCUCUGCAAGCUGGCGGUCAACUCUGCAUCCCAGCUACAGGCUCACAUCAGCGGCACGAAACACAAGACAAUGCUGGAGGCCAGGAGCGGCGACGGAUCCAUAAAGUCAUUCCCCAGGUCAGGGGUCAAAGCCAAGCUGGCCACUCCCACUGAGGUGUCGACUGGGCUACAGAACAAAACUUUCCACUGUGAGAUCUGCGAUGUGCACGUCAACUCCGAGACACAACUCAAACAGCACAUCAGCAGUAGAAGGCAUAAAGACCGUGCAGCAGGGAAGCCAGCCAAGCCCAAGUUUAGCCCCUAUGGUCUGCCGCCUCAACGCAACCAGAAUCUACAUACAGUUGGGAUCACUCUGAGGAAGGAGCAGGACUUGGCGAAGCCUCUCAUCUCGUGCCUCUUACAGCGCCAUCUUUCCCUCGCUGCUGCUGCUGCCAUGGCAACCCUGUCCCCGUUCCAUUUGCGCCCUGCCCCUACAUCUGGCUCCGCCCUCUUUCAGACUCAGCCCCUCCACCAGACCCUAUUACAUCCUGCCCCAGGACCUCUUCGUACGGCACAUACAUCCGUUCUGUUCUCACCGUACUGACCCAGACCCAUGUCAGAUGGACCAGAACCCAACAGAACCUGUGGGACCAGUGCAGACAAACUGCAGUCUGUAAAGUUGGAAACAGAGCUGGGAUCAGAUUCAGAGUAUUUAUCUCUACUGACCAUCUUGGACCAGGGUGUCUAUGUUGGUUUUUGUGCCAUGCUUGAGCGGGUGCGGGUGCGGGUGCGUGUGUGUGUGUGUGUGUGUGUGUGUGUGUGUGUGUGUGUGUGUGUGUGUGUGUGUGUGUGUGUGUGUGUGUGUGUGUGUGUGUGUGUUCAUGUGUUCUUUCGUGUGUUCGUGUGUUUGUCAUGAAAUAUGAGUAUUGUUUUUUAAUAAAGAAUUUGUUGCUUA